AUGGUGGUUGAUCCUAAUGAUUUAAAGCCAGUAGCGGGUGAAAAUAGUGAUAGCCCACCUAAACCUACAGUUCAAUUUUUGAACACAACGAGUGGCCUGCCAGGUGGGGACAUGCAUUUAAGUCGCUCAACUACAUCUUCUUCCCCGACAUAUGGCCCUCCACAUCAAGUUCCGCUAGCUUUACCGAGUUCUAGUAAUUCAGCUUCAAUGAGCAGUUCUAUGCACAUCAUUACUCCCCCACAUGAUGAGAAUAACCAUCAUUAUGUUGGCUUAGUGAAUCAGGCUAUGACAUGUUAUUUAAAUAGUUUGAUCCAAUCCUUAUAUAUGACUCCCGAGUUCCGAAAUGCUAUUUAUAAUUGGGAAUAUAAGUCUGGCAAAGGCUCAUCCGAAAACUCGAUACCUUGUCAAAUUCAAAAGUUAUUCCUCUUGCUUCAAACAUCAGAUUGUAAUGCGCUGGAGACGAAAGACUUAACUGCCAGUUUUGGAUGGAAUAGUAACGAAGCUUACGAUCAACAUGAUGUUCAAGAAUUAUGCAGGCUUAUGUUUGAUGCAUUAGAAGUCAAAUGGAAAAAUUCACCUCACGACAAACUAAUACAGAAUUUAUAUCAGGGUAGCAUGCAGGACUUCGUCAAGUGUUUGAAGUGUGGCAAAGAAAAUGUUCGAAAGGAUUUCUUUUUGGAUCUACCCUUAGCUCUGAAACCUUUCGGAGCCGUCGAGUCUUAUAAAAGCAUCGAAGAAGCCUUGUCUGCUUUCGUAGACCCAGAGUUAUUAAGUGGAUGUAAUCAGUAUCAUUGUGAAAACUGUAACUCCAAGCAAGAUGCUCACAAGGGUUUGCGAGUUACUAACUUUCCUUACUUGUUAACCAUCCAACUCAAACGAUUCGAUUUUGAUUAUAACACUAUGCAUAGGAUUAAACUGAACGACAAGAUGACUUUUCCCGAUAUAUUAGAUCUGAAUGCUUAUGUUUAUGAUCCUGAGAACCCGAACAUUCAAACUCAACCUUUAGUUGAUCCCGAAAUGGUCACUGUUGGUGAACACAUUGAUCCUGAAUAUGUUAAUGACUUAUUAGACACGAAAGGACGCUUUGUUUAUGAGCUGUUCUCCGUUAUGGUUCACCAAGGAAGUGCUGCUGGUGGUCAUUACUACGCGUACAUCAAAAAUAUGGAUCAAGGAAAAUGGUACUUGUUCAACGAUAGCCGUGUUGAAGCUACGAGCCCAUCUGAAAUUCAAAGGAGUUUUGGUGGAGCUUAUGGAGGAUGGUCGGGUAGUAAUACCAAUGCUUACAUGCUGAUGUAUCGUCAGAUUGAUCGACUCAAGAAUUCAGCAUUUAUUCGUACCGAUGAGUUGCCAAAGCAUAUUUCAACGCUCAGGGAAACAUGGAGACAGCAAGAAGAGGCUAAAGAGAAAGAGAAACAAUAUCGUUUGAGCUUAGUCAAGGUUUCCAUUCGCUUGAACAUUCUGUCGGAUGUUGAAAUUCCCAUAAUGGAAAUGGAUCUACACACUCCACGAACAAAAAGCAUCAGCACUAUUUUCUCUGAUGCUUUUCAAUUUUUUUACACCCAAUGCACUAGUGUGAAUGUAUCUAUAACUAAAGGAAAUGCUCGAUUGAUCACCUUCGAUAAAAAGAAUAUGACCACUGUAUAUGUCUCGAAGAACGAUAUGGAUAAGACUAUUGAAUCCGUCAUCUAUCCCAGUUACCACCAUUCAACAUACGAUUUGUAUUACCUCUUAGAUGUCAAGCUUCCUGGACGAAACUACUUCGAUGUCAAGCCUGGACGAACAAUAUCCAUACAGCGAGUUGAUAUUGUAAACCGAGUUGUUAGACCACCUUACUUACUAUGUAUGCCAAGCACUGCCACACAUGUAAUUCAACUGAAGGAAUUGAUCGGAAAGUUAUAUGGAGAUUCACAAAGAGAAUAUGUCACCUACCGUCUCGUCAUGGAGAAAGGCGAUAACACGAUGAACAAAAUGUCUUUCAUGGAUGUGCCUAACAGUACAAUUGAGAAUGAGUUCCGAGAUUGUUAUACGGCUACUCCCAAUGUAUAUUUUGAUGGUGGUAAUGCUGAAGAUCCUGAGCUUAUAGCAGACAGACAAAAGCAGAACUUACAAUCGAGCUUGAUGCUACAAAUUUUGGCCAGGAAAAAGUUUGCUUUUCUACUGAAAAUUCAGUUACCCUCGGAAGAGGAAGUAAGUCGUGUGGCUUCGGCAUGUAGUGCUUUCAUAGGACCAUGCUGGUCAGAAUCCAUGUCGAAUUUGGAAUGUACUGAUAUGAAUACCGCAAUGGAGGUUUUGAGCGAAAUGCCUCGUUCUAUAGAUUCUCAACGUCCCACAUCCCCAUCAAGCGAAAUAUCUGAUGGUGGCAGUAUGAUAAUUAGUACCGGUAGCGUAUGCCAGAAUACUCCUCAAACCUCUCCCAAUGUGUCAGAUGGUGGAGAUGCUGACGAAGGUAUUGGUAGUGACGAUGUGAUGACAACCUGUGAAGCCAACAUAAUCAUAAGAGAUCAUGAUGUGUUUUCUGAUGUUAGUAUGUCCUUAGAAACUGAUUCUGGCUCAGGCUCCACAAUGGUUCCUUCUUCCUCUAAUUUCGAUAGGGAAAUCAUAAUUACGGAGGAGCUGCCUCAUAAUAUUUACACAAUAGACGUUGACUCAAGGUUGACUGUGGGCGAGCUGAAGUCUUGGAUCACUAGCAAGAUAAAAACCGACUCUGCCCAGUUCGUGAUAACUAAACAUACUCAGGAGUUCGAUAUUCUCGAUAAAGGUUUCGAAAGUGGAGCGCCUGAUGAGGAAUCCUUAAGUUCUGCCUACACUGGCGCUAGUUGGAUUUCCAUCAAACUACGACCGCCUCUCAAGGAAGACGAAAAGCUAAUAAAAAUAAUUCUUCUCAACACUGAGGAGCCAAUCAAAGAAAACUGGAAAAACUUAUUCGAUAUUCCUGCCUCGAAGCAAGUCUUCAUUGGAGAUAUUCUAUUAAGGUGUCAGAGGCUCUAUCACGAGCUCUACGGUAUUCAUUUAGAGCUCAACAGAAUGCGAUUGAGAGACUUAAUAAUGACCUCGAGGACAGUGCUAUACCCGAACAGGCGGCUUGACACACGUAAUACUUGGAACAAUGCGAUUUACUUGCAAAUCCUAACAGAUGAGAAAGUGAUUGGAAUGAAGGGAGAACCCCUGCUAGUCAGAAGAUUCCGUCCAUCAACAGUUGAAGUAGGCCCCAUACACGAAGUGAUGGUGCCGACUGAUAUGGCUAAUCACAUAUAUGCCAUAAGAUAUGCUAUCAGUAAAUACACCGGUAUACCAGUGGAACGAAUAGAGAUCACCGAGCCUGCAACAGCAACUUGGGAAACAGCGAAAUGGCCAUUCCUCAAACCACGAUUGGAACUAUUGGACGGAGCCGGAGUGUUUGUGACGGAACAGACGAGUAAGACAAACGUCGAUUCGCUGGAGAAAAUCGGCAUCAGAGUGAUUUACUAUAGAGACACAGCAGAGCCGAGGAAAGAAAUAACCGAAGAGGAAAGGAAGCAGAUAACGAUUAAGGAUAAUACGUCGUCAACUAACGCAACUAUCUGUAGGAGGAAAGAGCGCCCGCUGCGUAUCCAAUUGAGUAGUGUCAGCGAAGCUUAA